AUGCAAGCAUCAGGAACGGAGUUCAGAUCGCCACAAUCCAGCUCCAAGCUGAAUAAGUGCAUCUUGUCUGUAAUCUCAGCCUGCAAGAAGUCAAAUAGAAACCUGAGAAAAACAGAUAUAUAUGGAGAAGAUAAUUCACUUUGGUUUUUGUUGUUGUUAUUUUGGGGUUUUUGUUUUGUUUUGUUUGUUUGUUUUUGCCCCCUAGUCACCAAUGUCUUGCUUUCAGAACAAGGUGAUGUCAAACUGGCUGACUUAGGAGUUGCUGGCCAGCUGACAGAUACACAAACUAAGACCUUUGUAGGAGCUCCAUUUUGGAUGGCUCCUGGAGUUAUUAAAUAGUUAUCUUAUGACUCUAAAGCUGACAUUUGGUAUUUGUGAAUUACUGCUAUUGAAAUCGCCAAGGGAGAGCCUUCAAAUUUUGACAAGCAUCCAAUGAGAGUUCUGUUUCUUAUUUCAAAAAAACCCCCAACUCCUGUUGGGGAUUUUACUAAGUCUUUCAAGGGGUUUUUUGAUACUUGCCUGAAUAAUGAUCCAUCAUUUUGUCCUAUAGCUAAAGAACUUUUGAAAUACAAGUUCACUGUAAAAAAAAAAUCAAAAGAGACUUCUUAUCUGACUGAACUGAUCGAUUGAUUUAAGAGAUGGAAGGCAGAAGAACAAUCCGAUGAUGAAUCUGAUUCUGAAGGCUCUGAUUCGGAAUCCACCAGCAGGAAUGGUAAUACUCACCUUGAAUGGAGUUUCACCACUGUGUGAAGGAAGUCUGAUCCAAAGAAACUAAAGAAUGGGAAGUAUCAAGAUCUUGUGCAAACCUUGAGCUCUUUGUCUAUGAUAAUCACACCUGCAUUUGCUGAACCAUCAUUCUUUUUCAGCUUAAAUAACAGGAUAAGAACAAUGCAAGCUGAAACCAGACAAUUGAAGAAGAACUUGAGAAAAGUAUUGCUGUGGUUGAAGCUGCCUGUCCUGGCAUCGCAGAUAAAAUGGUGA